UUUUAAAUGUAUUAAAACGAUGAAGGUUUUCCCAGUGUUUGUUGUGUUGUUUUGUUUUAAAAAUGUUACUACGGAUAGACUUGAUGAACGUUUUCGUCUUUUGUAUUCGGAUGCAGUAAAAUGUAAUUUCAACAAAACUCUAGAUCUACAAGUCAAUGAAACUAAAGUGUAUUUUUAUGAUUUCACCAAAAACGUUAAUGUUGUGUGUGACAUAAAUUCUGCGGUUGAUUGUAUCACAAAUGCUAUAAUUCUAGAUAUAUCUAGACGUCUAAUUGUAUUUGUUCCCGGUUACAAAUGUUACAUCAAACGUGAUAUCGAAGAGUCGAUAAGACAAGCAUACAAGACAAUUCCUGACGUAUAUUUAAUUAUUUUAGACCAUUCCGCAUAUACUUAUGAGAAUAAAGAAAAAUUAAAAAGUUACGAGAGAUCUGUUCUUUACUCUUUUUAUAUAGGAAACGCGUUGGGUAAAUUUUUAGCUGAUUUUAAUAGAUUUGGAUAUCCUUCGAAGAAUUUUCAUUGUAUUGGACACAGUUUGGGUGCCCAUAUUUUAGGGUACGCUGGAGAAAGGUACUUUGUAGAGACCUCUGAGAAUGUAUGGAGAAUUACUGGAUUAGAUCCAGCUGGUCCUUGUUUUGCAAAUUCUCCAAAGGAGGAACAACUAAGGUCUGGGAAUGCGGUUUAUGUAGAGGUGUACCACUGUAAUGCUGGACAUUUGGGUACGACCAACGCUAUCGCAGACGCAGAUAUCUUUUUUAACCGAGAAGGAAAGAUACAACCGGGAUGUUCAAAAGGGCUAAGUGACGAAGAUCUAGCUAAAUGCUACCACAAAACGUGUGUACUAUAUUGGACUAGUUCAGUACUAAAUUCAAUCUUGUACCAAGCGGUCGCGUGUCCGUCUUACGAGGCUUAUUCCGCUGGCACUUGUAUUACAAAAACUACUCCAAUUGGACAUUCGACAGUCGUCAAAGGAAGAUUCUACGUCACAACUGAAUCUGACCAUGUUACCGACAAGUUGUGAACUUCGACAAUGGACGGAAAGGCAAUCAGCAAUUUACUUUUACUUCAAGUACAUGGCAUAUUUUAUAAUUUGAAGCAUCAAAAUCGAAUUUUAAGUGAAGUGGAUUUUCUAUUUGUCUAUUAAAAUAAGAGAUAGUUUAGGUUUUUGUAACUGUAGUAUGUAAUGGCAAGAAGGAAAAGAAGGUCGUUUUCUCCACAUUUUUAUUUAACACAGUCUCAGACAUUAAUAAUUAUUAAAGCUUAAUACAAAAUAAAUCUAUAUUAAUUCUAUAACAGAACAAUAUCUUUAACAUCUAAAAAUCUUACAU